AUGGGUAAGAGCAUUGAAGUGUACAUAGACGACAUGGUGGUUAAAAGCAAGUUGGUUCCCGACCAUAUUGAAGACCUCGGCAACGUUUUUCAAAUACUGAGAAAGUACAAGCUACGACUGAACGCAACCAAAUGUUCAUUUGGGGUGGGAUCAGGAAAAUUCUUGGGUUAUAUGGUGACUCACAGAGGCAUAGAGGUUAACCCUGACCAAAUAAGAGCCAUCCAUAGCUUGCAGCCUCCUUGGAAUCCUAAAGAGGUCCAGAAGCUUACCGGAUUUGAGUGGAAUGAGGAGUGCGCUAUAGCUUUCCAACAACUAAAGGAAUACCUCGCCCAACCACCGAUUAUGUCCAGUCCUGAUGCCGACGAGUUUUUGUUUGCCUACAUCGUAGUAGCCCCUCAUGUAGUAAGCUUGGUGCUGAUCCGAGAAGACAACGGCACACAACGGUCAGUCUAUUAUGUGAGCAAAUCACUGCAGGAGGCAGAAACCCGUUAUCUUCCCCUCGAAAAAGCUAUCUUGGCCAUCGUACAGGCCACACGAAAGCUUCCCCAUUACUUUCAAGCACACACUGUAGUAGUGUUAACUCAACUCCCCUUAAAGUCCAUCCUGCGCAGCGCCAAUUACACAAGCAGAAUUGCAAAAUGGGGAACGAUUUUGGGCGCCUUCGACAUUAGAUACAUGCCUCGCACCGCUGUAAAAGGCCAGGUCCUCGCCGACCUAGUAGCAGAAUUCGCGGAGCCCACACUAGAAGGAAAGGAAGUGUCGGGAUUACUAGGGGCUGAUGAGAAGAUGAUUAGCACAAUUUCUCCACAUGAACACACUUGGUGGAAAGCACACAUCGAUGGCGCAGCGAAUCAAAGGGGCUCAGGGGUAGGACUUGUCGUGCUUUCACCUGAAGGGAUAACCAUAGAGAAGUCAUUGAGACUCGGAUUUUCAGCUACGAAUAACGAAGUCGAAUAUAAGGCGCUAUUGGAGGGAAUGUGGAUGAUCCGGAAAAUGGGGGGGAAAUCCGUGGACAUGUUCUCGGAUUCGAGACUCAUUGUGGGACAGGUAAAUGGAGACUUGGAGGCAAAGGUCGAAAGAAUGAAAGAGUAUCUGGUUCGGGUUAAGCACCUACAGACCCAUUUUCAUCACUUCCGCUUGACGCACGUCCCCAGAAGUGGGAACACUCAUGCUGAUUCUCUCGCAACGUUGGGUACCUCUUCGGCUCAGCCCCUUCCUCGAGUCAUUUUGGUAGAAGAUCUCAUCCAUCCGUUAACAGAGAAGGCCAGCGGGGUUCGAUUAUAUAACAUCAGGACAGGACCGAGCUGGAUGGAUCCUCUAAUGCUGUACUUAAAGCACGACACCUUGCUAGAUGAUAAGGUUGAGGCUGACAAAAUCAGGAGAAAAGCAACUCGAUUCUGGUUGUCCGAGAACUCCAAGCUUUACAGACGCUCGUUCUCGGGGCCGUAUUUACUGUGUGUGCACCCAGAGGCCAUUGAACUCAUCCUGUUCGGCACCCCACACACCCUUGUGUCGGACAACGAGCUCCAGUUUGACAGCAACGCCUUCAGAAGGUACUGCAAUGAGCUGGGAAUUGUUAACCGGUACUCCACACCAGCUUACCCACAGGGUAGUGGACAAGCAGAAGCCGUUAAUAAAACCAUAGUGAAUGGACUGAAAAAGAGACUAGAUGACGCGAAAGGAAGAUGGGUUGAGGAGCUAGCCCAUGUCUUGUGA